GAUCAGAGCCGGUGUCUUACGCAAUCGCAGUCAGAAUACAGUUGCGUUGCGCGGGCCGCAGUACCGUUUGCGCUCCACGCUCAUCGCCAAGGAAGUUGUCUGCCGGAUUUUUGCUUGCGAGCGCUACUAACAUUAGAUCGAAACACUUCCAAACUACCCCUAACACCCCCGUAAGUGCGCUUCGUUCAACCAAAAGUCUUGCAGACAACUUCCACCAACGUUGCUACACGCGCAAGCGAUGGAGGAGCGCAAGGUGCGGCAGGCAGUGGCAGUGGACUGUGAGCAGGAACGAUCCGUUUCAGCCGCGUGCCAAGCAGCAAACAACGGACAGAAUCGAAAUAAGUUUGAGUGCGUGCAUUGCGUGCCCAAAAAAUGCUUCACAACAGCGCGAAAUGUGAGCGUUCACAUCCAAACGGUGCACUUUAACAAGGAAAACAAAAAGCGAAAGUGCCAAGAGUGCAAUGAGGUGUGCAAUAGCGAGAGCGACGUUCCGAAACACUAUCUAAAGGAGCAUAAGGAGCUGCCGGGACCGUACCAGUGUCUCGUUUGUCCAGCAAGCUUUUUCGCGACAGCAGAGUUGACGCACCAUUUCCAUGCGCACACGGAUCGCGAACGCGACAGCGUGUCCGUUGCGCAAGCAUCGCUCUGUUACUGGAUCGAAAACUGCCAGGUGAAUCAGUGCAGGAUCUGCGGGCAUGAUUUCACCACCAAGGGUGCUAUCAGGAAGCAUUGGAAGAUGCAUACGGACCGAAGGUACGUGUGCGCGGAGUGCAGACAAUCGUUUAGCAAGGCGCGACAGUACCACAGACACGUGGCCGAGGAGCAUCCAGCAACCAACAGCGAGCACCGCAACGACGAUGAUCUCGCAGGGAAGUACAGGGAGGCUUAAAGGCGACACGGUAUACCGGCAGUUCAUGAUUUGUUGCCCCAUUCUCAUAAUGAAUCCAACAAGAAGCUUUAAUGCACUAGUUUUAAAUUGGCAAUUAAUCUUUUUCUCAAUUUAGUACGUUAAUUUUGCUUUUAUUUUUAUGCUGUAUGCGGAAAAUCGGCAAUGACGCCAGCAUUGUCUAUAAAACAAAUAGUCACGCAGCUAGGUGUAAGAUUACACAAAGAAGAUUAAGUAGAACAGCACUGAUAAUUAUUUAUAUUGUGUAAUUGCUUAACAAACUAUUUUUUUGUACUUAUUCUUAGUCAGAGAGUAAGAAACAAACACAAAAGGUGAGCAUGAAAAGUGUGCCCUAGAAAGUAAUGGUGCAAAACAAGUCGGAGGCAGAGAGUCUGUUGAAAUCUCUGGUUUCGUACAACGAAACUAACCCACCGAACAGCAUUAUUAAGCACACAACUAUUUAUGAAAGUUAGCAAGUUAGGUUCACUCAUUCCGCUUUCGUCAUUCCAAAACAUCAGACGGAGAUAUUUGUUUGUCGAAUGUAUAAAAAAAAAAGGAUACACACUGCCAAUGAUAAGCUGAAAAAAAUUGAACUGAAGUAUUUUAUUCACAAAAAAUUGCGUAUGCGAAAAGAGAGCAAACAGAGUGACAAAACCCCAUUUGCGUUUUCUGACAGCGCCAAGACCAACCGAAAAAUUUGGGUGAAAAGAAGAAGAAGAAGAAGAAUAUUCAGAAAAUGAUAACUGAGAGCAUCCAGUACAAGUGCCACUGAAACUAAAUAAAACGAAUACAGGUAUUUUUUGAACAUAAAUAUAAAGCAGCUUUUGGUUUCCGUUAGAAUUUCAAUCCGAAACCAUUUUUACAGCACACGAAACACACACACACACACACACACACACACACACACACAGCAAGCAUGUGCAUCCUUUCCAUCCCCUAUCACCUUCUUCAAAUUUCCAACCCAGUUCCUGCGUCGGCACCAUUCCCUUUCACCGGCCCCAAAGAGGACGGAGGAGAGGCAAUCACAAUCACGUUCCGACCGCGUGAACAGUCUUUUAAAGGACUUUGAAAGGAUACCGAAUGGCAGUUUGGGCGCAGGCGCACCACCACCGCCACCGUUCCCAUCCCUCAAUCACACGCCCCUCCGCUCUCCCUUAUCUAGUGGUUUGAUGACAUACCGUACCCAACAGAAACGGUGAACGUGGCUUGCCGCCGCCAGCAAGACACACAUAUCACGUUCGACCGUUCGGGCGAAGAGAGUUGUUCGAGUUGUUGCGUAGACCGGAGGUUUGCUGUUGUUGUGCGUACAGUAGAAGGGUUUUCUUCCCCCCGGGAUCAGUUGUGUAGUAGGCUGUGCUGUGUUGUGUGUCAGCCUUGUGUGCGUUUGUGGCCACUGUACCGGGAGCCCUCCCGAGCUGCCCGUGGCGAAUGCUGUGUUUCGCUUUUUUCCCUCAACAAAAGUAAUUUAAAAGUGCAUCCGUGCCCUGUGUGGUCAGUUCCGAAGGUCCAAAAGCUUGUGAUUGAAGCCACACACCGCUCGAAACAACCCCCAAGCAGUGAG